AUGGUACUUCGAGAAGAAGGAAAUGUCAGCAUCGUGUGCGGUAUCUGCGACAGGCAAUUCGAUACACUAAAAGGGUGGCGCAUUCACGUCUCGAUGAAACACAAGCAGGAAGGUUUUUGUGCUCGCUGUGGCCAUUACCUUCUAUUGCCACCCGAAUUUACGGCCGCACAGAAAACAGCAGUGGUCGAACUUCAUGCGCUCGAUUGGUGCCCGAGGACAUGUGCAGCCGUAAUCAACGAAAGACAGGUGAUGCGCCGCAGAUUUUAUCUUGUGGGAAGAGAAAAGGAUGCCUAUCACAUUUUCAUUCCAGGUGAGAAAGUAGCAAUAUUCGAAAAACCAAUAACAUCAUUUGGCUUUCUCCAUCCUGUCGCUGCCUGUUCCAGUUCUCCACCCUUUAUCUUCUACCUAAUGAAGUCGAUCGACCGGGUCAGUAAAUAUUGA